AUGACAAAGUCAUCCACGGCGCCGUGCUACGGCAAGAAAGACCUCAACAUGGAGGCCAAUGUGAACGACAUCCAUAUCGAGGAUGAGAGUGCUCUGCCGAAGAAGAACCUCCGAAGCCCUCGUAACGAGCGCAGAGGUGACAAGCACAGAACCAUUGUUCUGAAGAGAAAGAGAGACAACAAGAACUUGUUUCGCAUCCUGGUCGAGGGCGGACACACAGAGCUUGUCUAA